UUGUGCUCAGAAGACCUAGAUUUGUACAUGAGUGUGGUUUUAUCUGUUGUCUUUUCCAGAGAGUCCUUAUAAAGGAAAUUUGGGUAGAUUGUUUUUGUCCAUGUGUUGUAUUGAACUGAAUACUUGUUUUGUAGUUUUCAUGAUCCACUGGAGGCCACCUAACCUGGGGGCCCUGACCACCAAUAUUCUCUUAUGUUCAGCACAUUAGCCAUCCACCUGGUCUGAAUGACAACUCAUACUUGGAAAAUUUUUUUAUACCCAGUGCACAGUCGCUGUUCUUAAGGGUUAGAUGAGAGGAGGCCACAGUGUUUCAAAGACUGGGUCUAAUUUGCACGAAGUAGGACUUUUGUCAAGGAGGGAAGCAAUAGGAUGGAUCAGGUCUACUAAGCCAUAAUUGUUUUCUAAUAAGUGUUAGGUGUGGAGCCAUCAAAUAACAGGGGAGAGAGAUGAUACUGAUCUCGGAGAUACAGCAGUGAGUAAUGGCUUGAAGCAAGCUCUUAAUUCUCUGCUCAGGAAUUGAACCUGGGCAGCCUGGAUGAAAAACCAGGAAUCCUAGCCACUGGACCUGCUAGAGGCUAAAAGUAGAAUUGCCCUGAUUCUUGUCCCCUGUUGAAAGCAAGAAUGUUUCAAGGUGGCAAAGACUGUGAAGAUAGGUAUAAAGUUUAUUGUUAGAGUCACAAUACAUGUGGGAGAGCACACAGUUAAGUAGUUUUUUAAGUCAGAAGCAAAGAAGUAAUACACACCCUAAAGAGGAGUGUAGGUGCAGGCAUCCCCCUGAGUGAGGAACCCGAAACUGCACUCCUCUUUCUGGUGAUUUAACUCACAUAGGACAGUUCUCCCAGGUCUUUGUUUACCUUUGGCCAGUUUUCUUCUUUCAUUUCUCACACCUGAAAGGACACAGGACCCUCCCCAAUAUGCAUGUGCAUCUUUUGACAAAGAUGGAUUCCAGAGCAAAGGGUGCCUGGACAGUAUGGGGACUUAUUAUGGCCUGGCGCCCCCUCCCUUUCUGACCCCUAGGAGUCUUAUUGCACAUGUGUAAUUGGAGCGCUCUCCUUGACCCCAGGAGUGAUUGAGGUGGUCAUCUUAUCUUUCUACUCCAGCAGAGCUCAGCUCCUGCAAUUAACUUUUUCCUUGAAGUGUCAGAGGGGAAACAAGGCCCAAUUUACUUGGCCUAACAAAUCCCAGCUGUCCUCAGCCCAGGGGUUCAUCUACCUCCUACCUCAAAACUCCUGCUAAACAUGACCUUGGUAGCUCCACAAUGCUCUCACCCACUACUGGGACUGUCAUAGUGCUUGAAGGAAAUUGCUACAGUUGUGAUGGGAAUUGAGUAGAAUAUAAUGCAUCCCAAUAUUAGAGAGUCAAUCAGAUGUCCCUGGUCCUCCUGGAGCUUUCUGCUGUUAAAGAGUUCAAGUCCCAGUUUUUUCCAUUUGUAAGAUGAGCUCUCCAAAAGAACUUUGAGAAAAGUUUACACAUGUUGUUGAAACCACAAGUGUCUUGAAAUCUUAGGGAUCCUGCCUGUUUUUUGUUGUUCUUUAUGUCCUUUGUGUUUAUUUCCAUAUGCUGUGCAGAUUAUGCUACAAAGCUCUUUUGUGGUAAGAAGAAUUGAGAGAGGUUGAAACCAAAGCUAUCUCUAAAGCCACAAGUCCCUUUGGAAAUAGGGAAAGAGAUCUACCUAUAUUUUAAAGAAAUUAGCAUGUUAUCUAGUUAUUAGCUAUAAUGCUAAUUCAUAGAAUCAAAGAUUUUUAGGUGUAUGAGGGAAGUGAGUAUUAGAAGUCAGCUAGUCAGUGUUUCUGUUAAGUGCACGUCUCAGAACACUGGCCUCUAGGAAAAAAGCAUUUCCCAGUCAGACAGGUUUGGGAACCCUGCAGUCUAUCUUCCUCCCUUGAAUUAUUUAUAAUGAGAAGUCAACACUCAGCUGGCCUUUCCCAAACUUAUUUAACCAUGGAGUCUUUUUUUUUUUUUUUUCCCUUCUGUGUAAUAACUGUUAACAUCCUGCUGUAGGAAAUGAGUCCAGUCUCAUAACGGAGGUCCAGAAAAUUAAGCCACUCAACCCAAGGCAACAGAGCCAGUAAUGACACAACUAGAACAUACUGCUGCUGGCUUCCCUCAGAACGGCUGCAUAUUUGUAUUGACAGCAAUGCCUUCAAAACAUUCCAAGAUUAUUUUUUCCCUUGAAAUUAUUUAAAGAAUCGUUUCUAGAGUAUCUAGGAUCCUAGUUUAAUUUACAGAGAUUUAUCUCUUAGCAGAUGGAAAAUGUGUCAAUUGCCUCAUUCAAUUUAGUAGUACUCUCUAUUCAAAUGCAUCAGAAACAGAACCUGAAUAGUAAGCUGUGGGGGAACUAAAGGCUCAGGAGGCUCUCAGUUAGACGGGUGGGGAAGGGAGAAAGCCAGUAAGCAAUUAAACAAGGAGCUAUGUAAUUACAAAUUACGACACGUGCUACGAAGAUGAACUACGUGCCGUCAGAAUGAGCUUACAUUUGCAAUCACUUUUUAAUUGACCCUGAUUCAGAAGGGAUCAAUAACAGCUAGUUUUAUGGUUAUCUUGGUACUCAGCUUCUGACUACAGUCUGAACCACGUUAACAACCCCUCCCUUCUUGUUUUUCCAGCCGGGCAGAACAAAAUGAGAGCGCUUUGAGCCGGCCCAACCUCUCUCCCAGCCGUCCCCGACGCCCACCAUGAACCACUUGGAGGGGGCCGCGGAGGCGGAGGUGGAAGUGACCGACGAGGCGCCAGGCGGGGAGGUGAACGAGCUGGUAGAGGCCGACCUGGAGCACCCCGAAGUGGAGGAGGAGCAGCAGCAGCAGCAGCACUAUGGGGGCCGACCCUCGCGCGGGCGCGCUGUCGAAGACCUCCGAGCAUCGCCCGGGCAGCAGCAGGAAGAGGAGGAGCGCGGGGAGUGCCUGGCGCGCUCUGCCAGCACCGAGAGCGGCUUUCACAACCACACGGACACCGCUGAGGGCGACGUUAUUGCCGCGGCCCGCGACGGCUACGACGCCGAGCGCGCGCAGGACCCAGAGGACGAGAGCGCAUACGCCGUGCAGUACCGACCCGAGGCCGAGGAGUACACGGAGCAGGCGGAGGCCGAGCAUGCGGAGGCCACGCACCGCCGCACACUGCCCAACCACCUGCACUUCCACUCGUUGGAACACGAGGAGGCCAUGAACGCUGCAUACUCGGGUUACGUCUACACGCACCGGCUCUUCCACCGCGGCGAGGACGAGCCCUACGCUGAACCCUACGCCGACUACGGGGGCCUCCAGGAGCACGUGUACGAGGAGAUCGGAGACGCGCCCGAGCUGGACGGGCACGACGGCCUGAGGCUGUACGAGCAGGAGCGCGACGAAGCAGCUGCGUAUCGCCAGGAGGCCCUGGGCGCGCGGCUACACCACUAUGAUGAACGCUCCGACGGCGAGUCUGAUAGCCCGGAGAAGGAGGCCGAGUUCGCGCCCUACCCGCGCAUGGACAGCUACGAGCAGGAGGAGGACAUCGACCAGAUCGUGGCUGAGGUCAAGCAGAGCAUGAGCUCACAGAGCCUCGACAAAGCAGCCGAGGACAUGCCCGAGGCCGAGCAGGACUUGGAGCGUGCUCCUACCCCAGGCGGGGGCCGCCCCGACAGCCCUGGCCUGCAGACCCUGGCGGGGCAACAGCGGCUGGCGGGUACCGUGGGCAGCGAGGCGGUGCAGCGGUACAGCAAGGAGAAAAGGGAUGCCAUCUCGCUGGCCAUCAAGGACAUCAAGGAGGCCAUCGAGGAAGUGAAAACCAGGACCAUCCGUUCGCCUUACACCCCCGACGAGCCCAAAGAGCCCAUCUGGGUCAUGCGCCAGGAUAUUAGUCCCACCAAGGAUUGUGACGACCAGAGGCCGGUGGAUGGAGAUUCUCCAUCUCCUGGCAGUUCCUCACCCCUGGGUGCAGAGUCUUCAAGCACAUCCCUUCAUCCCAGUGACCCCUCGGAAGCCUCCACAAAUAAAGAGUCAAGAAAAAGCUUGGCUUCAUUCCCAACCUACGUUGAAGUUCCCGGACCCUGUGACCCCGAGGACUUGAUCGAUGGAAUCAUUUUUGCCGCCAAUUACCUUGGCUCCACCCAGCUGCUCUCAGACAAAACUCCCUCCAAAAAUGUGCGCAUGAUGCAGGCCCAGGAAGCAGUCAGCAGGAUUAAGAUGGCCCAGAAAUUAGCCAAAAGCAGGAAGAAGGCUCCUGAAGGUGAAUCUCAGCCAAUGACCGAGGUGGAUCUCUUCAUUUCCACGCAGAGAAUCAAAGUGUUGAACGCCGACACGCAGGAGACGAUGAUGGACCACCCUCUGAGGACCAUUUCCUACAUCGCAGACAUUGGGAACAUCGUUGUGCUGAUGGCCCGUAGGCGGAUGCCGCGCUCCAACUCCCAGGAGAAUGUGGAAGCCUCUCACCCGUCCCAGGAUGGAAAAAGGCAGUACAAGAUGAUCUGCCACGUCUUUGAGUCUGAGGACGCCCAGCUGAUCGCACAGUCCAUUGGGCAGGCAUUUAGCGUGGCAUACCAGGAAUUCCUCAGGGCCAACGGGAUUAACCCCGAAGAUCUCAGCCAGAAGGAGUACAGCGACCUGCUCAACACCCAGGACAUGUACAACGACGAUCUGAUCCACUUCUCCAAGUCGGAAAACUGCAAAGAUGUCUUCAUAGAGAAGCAGAAGGGGGAAAUCCUAGGUGUGGUGAUUGUGGAGUCUGGCUGGGGAUCCAUCUUGCCAACCGUGAUCAUAGCCAACAUGAUGCACGGAGGACCAGCAGAGAAGUCAGGGAAGCUGAAUAUCGGGGACCAGAUCAUGUCCAUAAAUGGCACCAGCCUGGUCGGCCUGCCUCUCUCCACCUGCCAGAGCAUUAUUAAGGGCUUGAAGAAUCAGGCCCGGGUCAAGCUGAAUAUUGUGAGGUGUCCGCCGGUGACCACCGUGUUGAUCAGGAGACCAGACCUUCGCUACCAGCUGGGGUUCAGUGUUCAGAACGGAAUUAUCUGCAGCCUCAUGCGAGGGGGCAUAGCGGAGAGAGGAGGCGUCCGCGUGGGACAUCGCAUCAUUGAAAUCAACGGGCAGAGCGUGGUCGCCACCCCGCACGAGAAGAUCGUCCACAUCCUCUCCAACGCCGUGGGGGAGAUUCACAUGAAGACGAUGCCGGCUGCCAUGUACAGACUGCUGACGGCCCAGGAGCAGCCCGUGUACAUCUGAGGCUGCACCCGCGCCCGCGGCAUGCAUGGAGGACUCUCCUCACUUGUGGUUGUGUUUCUCGUGCUGCAUCUGUGUGCCCACUGAGACAUUCCCCACUCACGCCCAGCACUCGGUCUGACACAGGAGGAAAAGAAUCUACAGAGACCUCCCUCUCUGUGCUCUGUCUCUCUCCAGUUUGCAUUUUUUGUUUUUAAUACCAGGGAAGUUUUGUAUGCACUCCCUUGAGGGUUGUCACCACCCAGGAAGAAUCCUCGCUUCCCCAGAGGUGCAGCCCUCUCUGAGGAGCUCCUGGGGGUGAGGAAGAAGCUGACUCAGCAGUGCCUACAGUCCAGUCGCUGAUCUCUGCUCUCCUCCCCUCCGUGUACGGGAACCUGGUCGUAACAGGGGGGCCGGCCCAUGUCUUUAUAGAUAAGCCUGCCCACCGUCCUGGGGGCAGCAUACGUUACGUCCACCCAGGAUUUCUGAGCCAACCUUACGCCUCUUCUAUCGCUGGUUUCAGUUUCAACAUAAUUGUGUUUUCUAAUCUGAGCCUUUUCACCCAAGGAUCGAGGGAAACUGCCCUGGACAAGGAAACUACCGCAUUGCAGAGAACAGGGCGAUUUCCAGGGUAUCUCAGCUUCCUGAGGUUACCAGCCGUUAGAUAAACUCGGGCAGGCACUCUCUGCCUCCUUCGGCAUCUCACACGUACGUACACAGUCUCACUGGCACAUAGAUCACCCUUCCCUCCUCCCUGCCACCAAGGAGGCACCCAGAGCCCCUGGAAAACCCAUAUCACCUCCCCACAAGACCCCUUCCCCCGGCAGGUGAGGCCUGUGGGGGCUGCUGAGCUCUGUUUGGAGAGAGACGUCCUUCUGAGGCCCGGCCCUGCCAGCAGCGCCUUGGCUUGUGUUCUAGUGGGAGCCCCCUUGCACCCCCACCCUCCAUGUGCACACACAUCACGCUGGGAGUCUGGGAGGGAUGGACUGCUCCCCUUGAGGCGAGGAUCCUAUGUCACUGUGUCGUGCUUCCUGGCCCGAGGUGGGACCAGCCUUCCCUGCUCAGGACCACUAGGCAGGCUGUGACAUUUGAAAGGCCAGACCAAGUACAUAAACCCCACAAUUAUGGGGACUGUCGUGACCUCAAGCAAUGCCUAAGGAUCUCCAAAUGUGUCCCAGAAAGAGCGUGCUGCCUCGGGGGGCCUGACGGAGCUUGUCUUUGGCAUGGAAUAUUACAUGUUUUCAUCCGGUGCCUCAUGUCCAUGGGUUUCGUCUCCGUUCAGUGCUGAUGUUUUCGUAGUAUCAGGAUUCUGAGCCAAUUUUUGUGUACUCUUGGUCCAAAGAGCGUUUUGUUUUCAUGUGGGUGGGGUGUGGCUUGGUUUGGUUUCUGUUUUGUUUGCAACCUCAGGAGAGACAGGGGAAGAGAAACUAAUAUAUUUUGUGAUACUAAUAUAGUCCCUCUUCUCAACAUCUGGGAUAUUUAGGUUGUGUCUGUGCAAAUAGGAACCCGGUGAGCACUUGUGGGGCAGUAAGUAUUUAUAUACCAAAUGGAGGGAUUUGGGGAAGGGAGAAAAUGGGAAAAGAAUAGCACCAGGAGACUUCCACCAGAGAUGUGUUCGUCAGGGCCCCAGGGAUCUCUGAGUUUUAUGCUUAGAGUCACAAACCUGAACUUUUCAUCAGCGUUAAAUGGCUGGACUCCCAGUGUCACUAGACGACAAGCCCUGCUCAAGAGUGGCGGGGCUGCCCCUUUGCCAAGGGUCCAGGGUGGGCCGUUGGGGACCCCUGGAUCGCCUUUGAGGAUGCUUAGCUGAGUGCUGCUGGGAGACCCGCCCCAAGCCUGACCUACCACAAAUGAGAGGAGCCAGGAACCUCCGCUCCAGGUUGUCCAUUUACCAAACUAUAGUGUCUGAUGAGAUAAGUAAAUACUGAAGAGUCAUAAGUUCGUAUUUCCUUUGCCAGACAGAGGUGGUGAGCCAGCACUGAGGUAUGCUGGGUGGUAUUUCAGGCAUAAGGAGCCUUGGGAAAUCACCAACACCAUCUACUCCCAGAGUGACUGCUCAGGGCGUCUGCCUGCCUGGCCAGGGGACAGGAACCCUGUCAUCACAUCCCUGGGCGGCCUCCUGCAUAAUUACAGGGAAGUAUCUUCACCCAAAGGAGAGAGGAGAUAGAAUGUACUUUAUUUGCUGUGGCGCAAAAAUCUUGGAAAGUGUCUUGGCAGAUGUUGGUAAACUCCCCUAGAAGGCUAUAGUACUUUAAUAUAAGAUUAUCCAUCACAUACUCUUGUGCUACUAAAAGUGGCUUCUCACCCCGAAUAUUUCUGUAGCUUGGUCCACAUUCAGCCGGGUGAAGUGUAUUCAUUUCCCUGCUCCCACUGGAUAGAGGGAAUUAACCCACCUUUGGAAAUUAACCACAGAGGCAGAAUCUUAAUAGUAACUGUUUUUGAAAGUCCCCCCGGAGGUGGUGGUCCAUUGCCUUUCUGACACCCCAGUUUAUAUAGUUAUACUUGUAAAUAUCUGAAAACCCCAUGUAAUGGGGAAGACUGUACAGAGCAGCCUUCCCAAACAUGGCCCUGGACAAAAAGCCACUCUUGCUGCCUGGCUAGAUCGUGCUGGUGACUCAGCUUUGGGGACAGAUUCCCAGAUCCGUCUACCCCUCCUGGUCCAGCCAGGAUGCCCCAGAACCCACCCCACCUCGGUCUUCUCAAAUGUGAGCAUUUCAGGGAGCCACCAUCAGUCUUGGGUUCACGAGAGGACAAAGCCCCCAGAGCCCCAUGCCUGGAGCCUGCUCCCCUCCCCGCAGCGGCUCCUCCAGACCUGGAACCCAUCCCCGGGGCGCUGGACUCGCGUUGCUGCCGCCGGGUCUGCUUUCUGAACACACCCAUCAGCACCGGCCUCGGAGAGUCCCAGAGUAACCUACUACCUCCCGCAUCGCUCCCGCCAGCCCACAGCCCUAUUCACACCCUAGACGCUGUCCACGCGCAGAUGGCACCCCACCACGAGCCCUUCUCGGGUCCCCUGACCCAGCGGUGAGGCUGUUAACCAAUGUUUACAACCAAGGGCACCCACCUCCUUGUAGGUGUGUUUACUCUCCCACCCACACGGCCACUUGCUGGUUUGAGUUUCACGUCUGUCUGCUCCUUCCCUGAUUGAGGCCGACUUUGGGGCUGACUUGAGCACACACACAACACACACACACACACACACACAUACACCCGAUCUUUGGUCCCAUCCCUCCCUCAAGGCCGUGGUGGGGACGCUGUGGGAAGGACAUUCCUUGUACAUAUUCAGCACAGCCCCUAAAGUAUCAACUUGUACUAUUGUUCUGUAAAGAGGGUGGAAUAGAGCUUAUUGUAAAGCGUGGGGAGAAGUAUAGUAUUGUAUUUGUAACAAUAUGGUUCUUUGUAUACACAAAACUCGAUCUCUAUAUAUAAAUAUAAAUAAAUCUAUAAAUAAGAUAUAUAUACACGUGAGCCUGGAAUGUGGAUGCCGCACACCCACUGAAUGUACUUCCUCUGACAGUCCGGUCCCCGGGCUGGCCCGCCCUCCCCUUCCUCCGUACCGUUUUGGGGGUCGUGAUGUAUGUAAUGUGUUCUCUUUCUUUAUUUAACUGAACGCUAAUGUCUGUUAAGAGUUGCUACAACAAUAAACAAGAACUUCA